ACCUAUAUUACCCUCAUCUAAUGACUGAUCAAUACGAUUUCGACAUUGAUAAUCUCAUAAGAAAAUUGAAUGAAAGUAUUAAAUAAAUACUAAUAAACAGUCGGUCGAAGAAGACCUGAUUCUGUAGUCCAGAACAUGACAGAAUCUGAAAUCCGGUUUAUCUGCACCAAAUCACGGGCAAUAAUCCUCUCUCAGCCGUGCCUACUGGAACUGGAAAGUCCAAUAAACAUAUGCGGUAAUGACCAAUAUAGACCAGUAGGGGACAUUCACGGACAGUACCAAGACCUGAUUCGCAUAUUCGACCUGAACAAGACCGAGAACUUUAAUUAUCUCUUUUUGGGGGACUACGUCGACCGUGGAAGACAAUCCUUGGAGACAAUCUGCCUCCUUCUGGCAUACAAGAUAAAAUACCGCGAAAACUUUUUCCUUUUACGCGGGAACCACGAAUGUUCGUCGAUAAACAGAAUUUACGGAUUUUACGACGAGUGCAAACGUCGAUUCAACGUGAAAGUGUGGAAGACGUUCAACGACGUGUUCAACUGCCUGCCUUUGGCCGCAGUGAUCGACGACAAAAUAUUUUGCUGUCACGGAGGCCUCAGUCCUGACUUAAAGUCGGUGGACCAAAUAAAGAACGUGUCCCGACCUAUCGAUGUGCCCGAACAUGGAAUAGUGUGUGAUCUGCUGUGGUCUGACCCAGAUAAUGACGUGCAAGGAUGGGGGGAGAACGACCGAGGGGUGUCCUAUACGUUUGGAUCUGACACUGUCCAGGACUUUCUCCAGCGUUCUGACUUUGACCUGAUUUGCAGAGCACACCAGGUGGUGGAGGACGGGUACGAGUUCUUCGCAAAGAGGCAGUUGGUGACUAUUUUUUCUGCGCCGAAUUACUGUGGGGAGUUUGAUAAUUCGGGGGCUUUCAUGUCAGUGGAUGAUUCGUUGAUGUGUUCUUUCCAAAUACUCAAGCCGAGUGAUAAGAAGAAGUAUCACUACGAGGGAGUGUUAUCUGGCAGACCGGCCACUCCAAUAACAUAACGGAUAUAACUUAUUAACACAU